AUGAUCAGAGCCGCGUGGCUUGCUCUUCUUGCAGUCCUUCUCGUCGAAGCUCGAAGUACGCCUCUGCGCGCCGGCAGUACUCCCGAACAGCCCUUCGUGAUCACCACCGAUGAUCCAGUCAUUCGGGUACGACCUCGCGAGGUUGCCCUUUCCAGACUUGCGUCCUCUUCCACUCCUGCUGCCAAGGUCAGCACAAACCUGACUCAGUAUGUCAACGUUUUUGUCGGCACUGAAGCCAACAGUGACCCUGGUGACGUUUUUGCAGGUGCAUCUGUACCUUAUGGCAUGGCCAAAGCCACCAUCAAUGUAGAAGGCUAUGCUCCCGCUGGCUACGUUUGGCCAGGCGACAAGCCAACGCGUGGUGUAAGCCCUCUGCACGACUCAGGAACUGGCUCCAGCGAGGGGAGCUAUGGCAACUUCUGCAUCAUGCCCGUUCUCUGCACUGACAACAGCCUGGACGCUUGUCCUACGUUGCUCGAGCCUCGUGAACGCAUGCGUCUCAACGGAACUGAUAGUGGUCGGCCCGGCUACUUCACCACUACGCUCGACAAUGGAAUCAAGAUUGAGCUUACCAGCACCAGAAGGGCUACGUUGGAAAAGUAUACAUUCCCGAAAGAGGAGAUGAAGAGGAUGAAAUCCACGCCGCAUCUGGUGCUUGACUGGACCAAUGACUCGCCAGGAACUUUCAGAGGUGGAGAGCUUAAGGCUGACUGGGAUCAGGGCCGCUUGAUGAUGAACGGCACUUGGUUGAGCUCGUUUGGCCCGGGCGAGUUCCAUUACCAGGCUUUCCAGUGCGUCGACCUCAAGUUCGAGGGCAAGCAGCAACUUUCGUCGCAUGCCUUCUUCGGAGGCAACCGUCGAGGGUUCGACAUGAAACGUGCUGACUUGGACCACUGGGUUCGUGUUGCCCAGGUUCUCGGCCAGUACCAAGCUGGUGCCGUUGUUGGCUUCGAUACCGACCCGGAGGCUAAGCAAGACGUGACCAUCAUUGUUCGUCGCGGUGUCUCGUUCACUUCAGCGGAAAACGCCUGUCGCAACAUGGAGAGCGAGAUCCCUGAUUGGAACUUUGACGCCACCGUGGCUGCAAGCAAUAAUCUGUGGGAAGACAAGUUGCAGCGCAUUCAGCUGAGCUCCGAGACUCCUGACUAUGUUCGACGUCUCUUCUACACCAGCUUCUACCGCACCUUCCUCUCGCCUAACAACGCCACCGAAGAUGGACCUUUCCCAACCAAUGCGCCAUAUUUUGACGGAUUGUAUUGCACUUGGGAUACAUUCCGUACACUUUUCCCCUUCCUUUCCCUCUCGAGCCCGGUCGAAUUUGCGCAGAUCGUAGAGACGUAUAUUGACGGUUGGAGGAAGGAGGGAUGGCUUCCUGAGUGCAGGGCCAAUCAAGUCAAAGGCUUCGUCCAGGGUGCCAACAACGGUGUCCCAGUGCUGGCUGACUUCGCAGUUAAGUAUGCCAAAGCUGCAUCCUCGCUCGGUGUCAACACGGACGAAUUGUACGAAGCCAUGCGGCAUGAUCUCGAUGUGCCCUCGCCGCAGUGGGAAUACGAAGGUCGCCAGGCUGCUCCCUAUCAGCUGUACGGGUACGUCCCUUUCGGCUACCUGGACCCGGUGUCUGUCGGUGAGCAGACGCGAGAGGCAAGUCGUUCGCUAGAGUAUGCUUUCGGUGACUUCACUGCUGCCAUGACGGCCCAGGCUCUCGGCAAACCGAUCGAAGACGUCCAACGCUAUGCCAAAGCCUCGCUCAACUACUCGCUCAACUUCGACCACAAAACCGUCAGUGAUGGCUUCGAGACCUUUGUUCAGCGUCGUUUUGCCAACGGUACCUUCAUGCCGAGCGAUCCCACCUUCUGCUCGCCUCUGGACAAUUCAAGUCACGCUUGUAGUAUGCAGGCUGAGAAUGACUUUGGCGUUUACGAGUCGUCUUCCUGGGAGUACAGCUUCUAUGCGCCCCACGAUAGAGCCGGACUCGUUGGUCUGAUGGGUGGCAAAUCAAUGUUCGAGAAACGUCUCGACCAUUUCUUCUCCAAGGGCUACUUUGCUCCCGGUAACGAGCCUAGCUUUGACACCCCGACCAUGUACCACUACAUCUCUAAACCUUAUCGCAGCAUCCGUCGUGUCCGCGAGGUUGUACAGACGUACUUCUCGCUGAAGCCGGGCGGUAUACCUGGUAACGAUGACAAUGCCGCCAUGGCCUCGUUGCUCGCCUGGUACUUGCUUGGAUUCUAUCCGACGCCUGGUACCAAGGAGUUGCUGAUCCUAUCGCCCUACAUGCCAGGAUACACCAUCAACAACCCAGUGCUGGGUAAGGCGAUGGUCACGGUCAGUGGGUUCGACAAACGUUCGAUUGGCGGCAAGAUCCCGAAAGGUGUCAAGGCCUUCGUCGAGCAAGUGCUGAUUGAUGGCAAGCUGCAUACCUCACGAUGCAGGAUGAGCUUUGACGACCUCUUCCCUGGUACUGCCGGCGGAGAGAGAAAGGUAGAGAUUGUCCUGACGGACAAAGAGGUGGAUGGAUGUGGUAGCGGGGCAGGCGACGAGCCUGUUUCGCUGUCCACCGGUGGUUUCCUAUGA